AUGCUCAUAUUGAUAGAUGUUUAAAUGGAGGCCAAUGCUAUGCCAUUGCUGCCAGUUCAGGAGCAGUCACGAAGCUCACGUGUGUAGGUAUAUGUGUCCUCAGUUUGAAUGAGGGGCAUCAUUAGGCGCCUAUAGGAGUAUAUGAACAGUCGAGCCUCGCAAUCCAAAACGAGAUGGUUUGGUGACCAUGUUUAAUGGAGGCCGCGAAGGUGUAUAACGGUUAUUCGACUUACCUAUCCCAAAAAGUCAGUGAAUUGACCAUAAUUUUUCAAUUCAAUUUUUUUAAAGGCAAAGUCUUAACCUACAACCAAUAUACUUGGGGUAUAAACAAAACAAAUCUUUGUGUGCGUGUCUCCUUUACCCAGUAGAUUGGUAGCUGGCGCGUCGGUGCGUAGGAC